AUGAGUCAAGAGUCCAGCCACAAUGAACCCGUCACCCCUGCUGCGCCUAUCAAUGGGAAGAAGAAAUCCAAUCGCCUAACUAACAUCGAGACCUACCUGAAGGAGAUGAAGAAAGACAUUAAUGAACUCCGUGACCAGAACAAGGAGGUCGGAGGAGGAGCUGAGAAGACCUACACAGGAAGGCAGCGAAGGCUAGAAGAGUGGCGUCAAGAACAUGGAGAUAGUCAACAGGGCGGACCCCAACGCCGAGGCAAACUUCAACGUGAAGGACAGAACGAUGAAGAGGGUGAGAUUCGUCCCCGAUCUCCUAAUGGAACAGACCGUCUGAAGCUGCAAACUUUCGAACCUAGCCUUCGCGGCUCAUUCUCUGGUUUCUCUCGCAUGCCAACUAAAAGUCAGAGUGAAUACCUUGACCUAGGGGAUUUGCUUGAGGCAAAGAAAGCUCAGUACGUCCGACCUCAUAAUCGCGAUCGUGAAGUUGAUCGUGAUCGUGAGGUCAAUCAUGGUCGUGAUCGUGAGGUCGAUUGUGACCGGGAAGUGGAUCAGUCUGAAGUUCGCCCUAAUAGAGACGAGCAAGCUGGGGAAAGUAGAAUUUUGGAGGCCAUGAAGCGGAUGCAAGAUGAGAUGGAUCGUAAGGUGGAACUUCGCCUAACGGCCCUUGAGCGUGAACGGGGCCCAGGACCUCUCGACCUGGUCACGACAACUGACACCCUACCAUUCACUAAGGACAUCCUUGAAUUCAAGCUCCCAAAAGAUUUUAAACAGCCUAGGAUGUGA